AUGAAUUGUCAACGGUUCCUCUGGCGGGCGGCGACGAAGACUGUAGGAUGCGGUACUCGUCGUUUCUCACAGUUCCUCCCUCCGAAUCCUAUCCAAGCUCCUCAAGGAGCUCUUCCCUUACCCUUUAUCACAGAAGUUACUUCCGGUGGCUGGAGGACAUACGAUAUCUUCUCUAAGUUGUUACAAGAACGAAUAAUAUGCCUGAACGGGGCUAUUGACGAUAUGGUAUCGGCUUCGGUAGUGGCACAACUACUCUGGUUAGAAUCCGACAAUCCGGAUAAGCCAAUUACCAUGUAUAUCCACUCUCCUGGAGGCUCCGUAACGGCUGGGUUAUCUAUCUACGAUACCAUGGCUUAUAUCCGUUCGCCGGUAUCGACGGUAUGCCUUGGCCAAGCUGCUUCUAUGGGCUCGUUGCUGCUCGCGGGAGGCGAAAAGGGAAAACGAUUUGCCCUACCGCAUAGCAGUAUCAUGAUCCACCAGCCUUUAGGCGGGACACAGGGCCCCGCAAGCGAUAUUUUGAUUUAUGCAAAUCAGAUACAACGCACGCGCGAACAGGUCAACGAGAUUUACCGGAAACAUCUAAAUGAGGCGUUUGAUCAUGAGAAAUACAGUCUUAAAGAUGUAGAGGAUAUGAUGGAACGCGACAAAUACCUUACGGCGCAAGAAGCGAAAGACAUGGGCAUCGUGGACGAAAUUCUCACGAGAAGAGAUGACAAAAAGGCCGAGAAAAAAGAGGAUAGUAACGGCACAUAA